UGCUCUUCGCGCUUUCGCGAGCCACAGGCCGUAGCCCAGGAAGGCAGGGUUCGCUCGGUCCUCUGCGUCUGCGCCGCGGGAGACUCGUGGCGCUCGCGCCGCCAUGCUCACGGUGACCCUCCUGGAGGCGCACCUCGAGCGGUGCGGCUCGGCGCGCCACCUCCUCCAGAUCCACGCUCAGUUUGUCGCGUCCGGCCUCCUCGCCGACGCUUUCGCCGCCAGCCGCCUCCUCCGCUUCACCGCCGACACCAGCCUCCUCCCGCUCCCGCUCCCGUUCCACCACUCGCUCCGCCUCCUCCGCCUCGUCCACCGCCCCAACGCCUUCUCCUGCAACACGGUCCUCAGGGCGGCCCGCGACCACGGGCUCCCGCACCUCUGCCUCCCGCUCUACGCCUCCAUGCCCGCGCUCCCCGACGAGUACACCUACCCUAUCCUCAUCACCGCCUGCGCCACCAGGGGGGCCGUCGACGAAGGCCGCCAGGUUCACUGCCACGCCGUGAGGCACGGAUUUGAAUGCAACCUGUACCUCGCGAACGCCCUGAUGAGUAUGUACUCCGCGUGUGGGUGCCUCGGCGACGCGCGCAAGGUGUUCGACGCAGGUCCUAUGUGGGACACCGUUUCUUGGAACACGAUCCUAGCUGCAUACGUGCAAGCCGGGGACGUGGCUCAGGCGGUCGAGAUGUUUACACAAAUGCCUAAACGGACCGCUGCAGCGGUGAGCUCGAUGUUGGCACUGUUCGGGAGGAGGGGAAUGGUGGACGAGGCAAGGAAGUUGUUUGACAGGGCAGAGUAUAAGAAUGUUUUCACGUGGACUGCGAUGAUUUCUUGCUUUCAGCGGAAUGGCAUGUUUACAGAGGCGUUCAGUUUGUUCUCAGGAAUGCGUGGGGAGGGGUGGCCUGUGGAUGAGGUGGCUAUGGUCAGUGUUGUCGCUGCCUGUGCACGAGUGGAGAUAACUCAGAAUGGGUAUAUGUGCCAUGGGCUGGCUGCCAAAGCUGGCCUUGACUCAAGGGUGAACGUCCAGAACGCAUUGAUCCACAUGUACUCAAGUUUUCUGGAUGUUGUUGCAGCACGAAGAUUAUUUGACACUGGCCAUUGCUUGGACCAUUUUUCCUGGAACUCGAUGAUUGCUGGCUAUCUCAAGAAUGGCUGUUUCAAAGAUGCAAAGGAAUUGUUCGGUGCAAUGCCUGACAAAGAUAAUGUUUCUUGGACUACAAUGAUAUCUGGCUGUGUGCAAAAUGACCAGUCCUCAGAGGCGCUCUCUGUUUUCAACAGCAUGCUAGCCCAAGGAAUCAAACCAAACGAGGUUACGCUUGUCAGUAUCAUCUCUGCAUGUACUAAUAUGUCUUCUCUUGAGCAAGGCAAGUUGAUACAUGAGUACAUAAGGAAACACCAAUAUAACAUCACAGUCGUACUUGGGACUAGCCUCAUUGACAUGUACAUGAAGUGUGGAUGCUUAGAAUCUGCAUUAGAAGUCUUUGAUAGGAUGGAACAAAGAGGGACACCUUGCUGGAAUGCUGUCAUUGUGGGGCUGGCCAUGAAUGGUCUAGUGACGAAAUCUCUUGACAUGUUUUCAGAGAUGGAAUUAUCUAGCACUGCCACUCCAAAUGAGAUAACUUUCACUGGUGUUUUGAGUGCUUGCAGACACGCUGGCCUUGUCGAGGAGGGCCAACGCUUCUUCAAGUUGAUGCAGCACAAAUAUCACAUUUUACCAAACAUCAGACAUUAUGGAUGCAUGGUGGAUCUUCUUGGACGUGCUGGAUAUGUUAGAGAAGCAGAGGAUCUGAUUAAGAGCAUGCCCAUGUCACCGGAUGUUCCAGCAUGGGGUGCAUUGCUUGGUUCCUGCUGGAAACAUGGUGAUAGUGAGGUUGGAGAAAGGGUGGGGCGGGAGCUUGUCAAUCUAGAUCCUCACCAUGACGGUUUCCACACUAUGCUAUCUAACAUAUAUGCUUCUGAAGGGAUGUGGCAAUGUGUAAAGGACCUAAGGGGCUCCAUGAAACAACGGCAUGUCUCAAAAAUUCCAGGUUUUAGUGUGGUUGAGUCAUCACUAUAGGUCAUGAGCCGAUCAUUACUUAUCUGCAGAACUUGUUUUCUAGAUAUCUUAUGAUUUUCUGCUGUAGCUCGUCAUUCAGAUUUUUUUUUUCUUCUAUCUAUUUACAGAUAAUUUUAGAUAAAUGUAUAUUUUUUGCACAUAAACUAGAAGAUUUGUUUUGGCGUCAAUUUUCACAACAUUCACCUAAGCCAUAACUUCUGCACCCUCUAGCAUAAUGAUCUUGUUUUGAUCAUCCCUUAGUUUUAUGUCUAAGAUAUUUAUUUGUUACAGAAUAUGUAACUAUGUUAAUUAAAUGAACAAGUUGCAAGC